AUCUGUGUGGAAUAAAUGGAUAAUGGAAACAAUGUGACUGAAUUUAUUCUAUUGGGUCUUACAGAGAAUCCAAAGAUGCAGAAAAUUGUUUUUGUUGUGUUUUUUAUCAUCUAUGCUAUUACAAUGGUAGGUAACACACUCAUUGCCAUAACCAUCAAAAUCAGCCCAAGCCGAUUCCCUAUGUACUUUUUUCUGGCCUACCUGUCCUUUAUAGAUGCCUGCUAUUCAUCUGUUAACACACCUAAACUCAUUAUAGACUCACUCUAUGAAAAGGAAACAAUUUUCUUCACUGGUUGCAUGACCCAAGUCUUUGGAGAACACUUCUUCGGAGGUGCUGAGGGCAUCCUGCUCACAGCAAUGGCUUAUGACCGGUGUGUAGCAAUUUGCAAGCCCCUGCACCACACAACGAUCAUGAAUUGGAGAGUGCGUGGCCUCUUGUUGGGUGUGGUGUGGAUGGGAGGCUUAAUUCAUGCAACUAUACAGAUGCUCUUCCUGAUCCAAUUACCCUUUUGUGGUCCCAAUGUCAUAGAUCACUUUAUGUGUGACUUAAAUCCUUUGCUGAGCCUUGCCUGCACUGACACUCACAAACUUGGUUUAUUUGUCGCAGCCAACAGUGGUUUCAUCUGCUUCUUAAACUUCCUCCUGUUAAUUGUCUCUUAUGCUGUCAUCCUGAGUUCUCUGAAGACUCACAGUGUAGACGGGAGACGCAAAGCCCUCUCUACCUGUGGUUCUCACAUCAUUGUAGUUGUUCUGUUCUUUGUUCCCUGCAUUUUUAUCUAUAUGAGGCCUGCAACAACCUUUCCCAUUGAUAAAGCCGUUGCAGUCUUCUACACAAUUAUCACCCCCACGUUAAACCCUUUCAUCUACACACUGAGAAAUGCCCAAAUGAAAAAUGCCAUCAGAAAAUUAUGCAGCCGAAAGGAUACUUUGGUUAGCUAG